AUGUGUAUGUUAGUAUGUAUAAUUUUGACGACUUAUGUUAGACAUGGGGGUGACGGCGCUGGUGAUCCACCGCUUCCUCCUGGUGGAUUUCGUGGCACACACGAGACAGACGCGGUUCCCCCGAAGAGGGUUAGGGGGAAAGCAAAAAACGAGAAACUAAGGCGUCUGGUAAAAGCGGGGGGGCCUGUAUCGCUUACGUUUGACAGGCAGGUGACUUAUACCCCUGUUGGUAAAACAAGAGAUAUGUUUUCACGGGAGGCCGGCCUGUAUAUGUGGCGGUCCAUCCCGUUCGAUAAAAUUGGAUGGGAUAACGUUGAACAACAUUACAAGGAUGCCCUCAUGAACCACUUACGGGAAAAUUUCAAUUUUGAUGUAGUGAAACGUGAUAUAGAGGCCAAAAACUUGACGGGUGGCAUUAGGGCUGUGCUUAUGAAGCGGUACUCUGACCGCAAGUACGAGGCUAAACAAUUAUUUAAGAGCAAGGGAGGUUACAAUGAUCUUGAGAGUGCAAGGGCAUUCCAUCCCGCGGAUAUGCCCUAUGAUAACUGGUUGAGAACCAUUGAAGGUUUCCGGGAAGCUAAAUAUAUUAAAAGAAGCGAGGCCAACACACUAGUACGCGAGAAACAACAAUUCACAUACCGUGGUGGGACAUCGUCGUACGGUAGCACCGCCUAUAAAAAUGAGAUGGAUUGGGUACCUACGUAUGCUAAAACCCACACGGACAAUCAAGGGAAUUGGGUUGAUCCGGUUGCUGAACAAAAUUACCGGAACAUACAACAGGCCACAAGUCAAUGGAGCGGUGAGGGUCCGCCAAUUGCCCCGUAUCAGGAAGCGUUGGGUGAGCGGGGAGGAUGGUACCGCGGGAUGGGGCCUAAACCUUCUUCCAACACGUCCUCGCACUCGUCAUCUAACAUGUCGUCUUCGCAAGCUCGGACGCAAGAACCCUUUUCCGAGGAUUUUGUUAACAGCUUGUUCCAAACCCCGUCAUUUUUGAACCAACUUAACAACUAUCUUGCUUCACAAGGAAAAGCAAAAGGAAAGUCCAAAGGCUACGAUUCUGACAACUUAUUCGAUAAUGAAUCCGACGAUGAACCCAAUGAUAACGAUGACGAUGAGUGA